UUGGUUUUUUUCCCCUCUGAAAAAAGGGAAUUACUCAGAGUGAGUAAGAAGGGGUGGAGAAAGAGAGAGAGAGAGAGAGAGAGAGGGGGACAGAAAGGGAGAGUGUGAUGACCAGGAGAGGAGAAGAGAAGUACGGAAAGCAGGAUACAGUUUGAAGACUUCCAGUUUCCUCCCUCGAGCUUUACAAGGAGUUUACAGAAGCAGACACGAUGGCGUGUCUGUUGACGUUCGUGACGCUGCUGCAUUUAAUCACGCUGGCCAUGGUGUUCAUUGCCACUACAGAGAAGUCUUGGUGGACGGUCGACAAGGUGGAGCAAGCGGAUCUUUGGAACAAGUGCAUCUACGACAACAACACAGACACGUUCAUGUGCACUACUGCUUCCGGGAAUGAUUGGUUGCAGUCGGUGCAGGUGCUCAUGGUCCUGUCUGUGAUCCUCUCCUCCAUGUCCUUCGUUGUGUUCGUUUGUCAGCUCUGCUUAAUGUCCAGAAGAGGUCUCUUUUACUUCAGCGGGCUUUCCCAAAUCUUUGCAGGUCUGACGACGUUUGCAGCAGUACUGAUUUACACUUGCCAAAGAAAAGAGAUCCUACAGAACCCUCGGGAGAACCAGGGCCAUUUCGGCUACUGCUACAUCCUGGCCUGGGUGUGUGUUCCUCUGAUGCUCGGUAGUGGGAUUCUCUAUGUGCACCUGCGCAAGAAAACACACACUACAGCCUGAGUCGACCAAACAUCCUGGAGAACGAAUCGGCUCUUCUAAUCGACUCUUUUAUAUGGGCCGACUCACAUAUACGAGCUGUAUUUUGUUUCUUUUACUUUUUGUAUUGUUGUGCUGUAGUUUAUUUUUAUUCAUUACAGAGAGAAAUGCACCAAAGGAUCGGAAACUUUUCCAGUUAAAAAUACAUUUAAGGCAAAAGGCAAAAAUUGAGAACCAAAAAACCGACUCGAGUCAAAUGUGAAUCAGUUGAUCCGACUCACAAAAAAGAGCCGAAACUCCAAUCAUUGACCGACAGCAUUUUCAUAAGCAAAUAUUAAUAAAGCCCAGUCAAGGGUUAAUUUUGCUUUAGGUACACAAAAGUCAGUAUAGUCACUGUACAUUUACCUCUCCGCCUGGAUCCAAAUCUUUUGUGAUUUUUAAAAGAAUAUUGAUUAUAAAGAUCUACAGACUAUACAUUUUAUCAUCUUCCCAUAGAUGGCGCUGUUUCCCAGUUAAAGUUUCUAAUGAUACUUUGAUUAUUUCAACUAUAUUUUUAGAGUAUUAUAAAUAUUUUUACUAAUCAAAUAUUAUGAUAUUUUUGUAAAUGGACUGAAAUAAAUUGGUUGUUUUUGGUAAAUGUCUCUUAUUUCUAAUAUACAAAAUAUUAAACUUUGUAGCUCAUUUUUGAUGUAAAUUUGUAUUUGUUGUCAAUUUGUAUGAUUCAUAUAAAUGUAAUUUAUAUAAAUAUAUUAACACAUACAUGUUUUAUAUGUUGCAGUAUUACAUUUAAUAAGAGAAACUUGCAUUGAUUGUACUUUGUAGCACUUUGAUUUUUUUUGCCAAAAGAUUUGUCUUUUUUGUUGUUGUUUUAUGUAUUGUACUAUAUAACUUCACUGUUUUAAAAUGCAGCAUUAACGCAGUCUCAGCUAGGAACAUUUUUGUGAUAUUGAAAUAAAAACCUAAUGUAUUGAAUGGUA